GAGGCCACAGGAGCCCAUCGCCGGCAGUAGGAGUCCGUCGCCGGCCGCAGGAAGCCGUCGCCGGCCGCUGGUGAUGAGAGUCGACGGAGAGACGACAAACCUGGAAUCAGGAGAGAAGAGAGGAAAGCGGCGCCGUGCGUGAGGGAAAAAAAAGAUGGUUAGGGUUAUGUUUAGGGAAGUUUACCGACGGAAAUCAUUUUCCGUCAGUACACUUUUAUUUUACCAACGGAAACAUGAUUUUCCGUCGAUAAUCUGAAAUUUUACCGACGGAAUUUUAAAAUUCCGUCGGUAAAACAAAAGUGUACCGACGGAACUAAUUUUCCGUCGGUGAUCCCAAAAUUCCCCGACGGAAUGUUAAUUCCGUCGGUACGACCGUCGGUAAUACUGUUUUUUUUUUUUUGUAGUGGAUACUAGCGGUGUCGACUGUUGGGAUUGUCAUUGUAACACCUCCUACAUCGUAGCAGCCACUAGCUUGUUGAAAUCAUCUAUUGCCAUGGUGAUGGCGUUGAGUCUUUUGGUGUCGUCCAUCUCAACGUCUUAGUUCGGGUCUUAACUCAAUCUUUCCACAAACGACGUCAAUUUGAUCUUGCCUGAGACUGUCGAUGAACAAACUAGUGAGUUGGUAUUGAGGUUGACUAAGUCAUCGAUCACCUAGAAACAAUAAGGGCUGGUAGAGAGAUUAACCAAAGCCUGAAUUGAAAAGAAUAAGAAAUAAAGGGUUAGAAUGACAGCUGGGGGUUCCUAAGCGCACCCACUUUGACUCUCAAGUAAGUCUCUGACCGGAGAGAAUGAAGAAGAGUUUUGGCUGUGUAUUCACGUCUUCCACAUGUUUUGAGAUUUCACUUACAUUACCGACGUUUCCUGAAAUAAAUGGUUAUGUUUUCCCAUGUUCUCCUAAGAAAACGGCUACGUCAUCUGUAUUUUCUAUGAGCAACGACUUCACGCCUCACCUCUAAAGUCGGGAACAGUACAAAUACAGAGAUUGCAUGAAGUCGGGAGCGGUGCGGAGUUGGGGAUGAACUAGAGUAGGGAACAACAUGGAGCCGGGGACGAUCUGAAGUCGGGGACAACCUAGAAUCAGGGAGCUGCCUUUUGUUGACUUUAACCAUCACUUCAAUAAAACUAUUAAUUUCUCCUUAACCACAUAGUGUCCUCUGAUUACCUCUUGUAUCAGUAUUAUUUUUUGAAAUCUAACAUCAUAUGGUUAAGGAGAAAUGGGAACGAAAAUGUUUUAGAGAUAUAAACAGGAAAAAUUGAAAAUAUGAGGAACAUAAAUCAUAUUUCCCCUAAAAUUGUUCAUUAAUAAUUGAUAGGAUAGGUAAAAAAGAAAAUAAAUACAUCUUUUGCAAAUUUCGCUAUGUUAAAAAGCUAAAAAAAAAAUCAUCUCACAAUCCAUCUUAAAUAAGACGACAGUGACAAUUCGACUCAGAGGCCACAGGAUAACAGAUGGGAGAAAUGGUUAUUGCUUUCCACUGUGGCAGAAGUGCCCACAGAAAGACACCACUUCGAGCUUCAGAAACCAGGAGAUACCAUUACCACCUCUCGAUGCUGUCAAACUCAGCAUGAAACCAGCUCAGUUUAAACUCAUUUGCCUUCUGGAAACAGUUGGUCACUGUGUUAAGUCCAUAUCAUUAACAGAGAACAGCCACAGGUUCUUGGCCACAGGCUCUUAUAUAUCACCCCCUGGCCCUGAAUCAUAUAUCCUUAAACCGGUGCUCAGUCAGUCAUGGCGUCCAAGUCCAGCUUCUUCACGCUGCUCAUCUUCUCAGCCCUGCUCUUCCUCUCCAUCUCCCAAGUAGAUGGAGCAAAAAUUGAUGGAGUGAGAUCUGCAUCUGAAACCGAUGAAUUAGGGUUGUGGAAGGGAAGGGAAAUGGUGGAGGUGACCAUGGAUUAUCAGGAACCAGGAGCUAAUACUAAUCCUAGAGGUGGAUUGCCUCCCCCUCCAUCAACUCCUUAAAUUGACUUAAUGUGGAAGUGUGACUGUAGAUAGAAUCUGUGUGAUUAUUGUUUAUUAUUGAGGAGAAUUAGAGAUGUAUAUUUAAUUGUAAAGCUGCUGUUGUUGUUGUGGACAAACAAAAAGGUUGCUGUGAUCUUUCUUGUCCUA